AAGUGCCGGGAGCCGGAAGUGCAGGAAGCCGGAAGUGCCGGGAGCAGCGGGAGCGGCGCGAUGGCGGCGGCGGUGUCGGCCCUCAGCAGUUUGGGGGUGCCCGAGGCCGAUGUUGGGAGCGAGGAAGAGGAGGAGGAGGAGGAGGCGGAGCCCGGCCCGGCCGCGGCGGCGGCGGCGGAGCAGAGGCGGGAGGAGCGGCUGCGCCGGUUCCGGGAGCUCCACAUGAAGCGGUACGAGGCCUGCAAGCUGAACAGCCAGGAGGUGGUGGAGGAGGACAAGAGGCUGAAACUGCCCCCAAACUGGGAAGCUAAAAAAGCUCGUCUGGAGUGGGAGCUGCAGGUGCAGGAGAAGAAGAAGGAAUGUGCAGCCAGGGGGGAGGACUACGAGCGGGUGAAGCUGCUGGAGAUCAGCGCCGAGGACGCCGAGAGGUGGGAGAGGAAGAAGAAGAAGAAAAAUCCCGACCUGGGAUUCUCAGAUUACGCGGCGGCGCAGCUGCGCCAGUACCAGAGGCUGACCCGGCAGAUCAAACCCGACCUGGAGCAGUAUGAGAAGCUCAAGGAGCAGUACGGGGAGGCCCUGUACCCCAACUCGGACAGCCUCCUGCACGGCACCCACGUGCCCUCUAAGGAAGGGGUGGACAGGAUGGUGGCAGACCUGGAGAAGCAGAUCGAGAAGAGGGAGAAGUACAGCCGGAGGCGGCCCUACAACGACGACGCCGACAUCGACUACAUCAACGAGAGGAACGCCAAGUUCAACCAGAAGGCUGAGAGGUUCUACGGGAAAUACACGGCUGAGAUCAAACAGAACCUGGAGAGAGGCACAGCUGUGUGAGCUCAAACAGAACCUGGAGAGGGGCACAGCUGUGUGAGCUCAAACAGAACCUGGAGAGGGGCACAGCUGUGUGAGCUCAAACAGAACCUGGGGAGGGGAUGUGUGAGCUCACCCAGCCCAGCCCAAACAGAACCUGGAGAGAGGCACAGCUGUGUGAGCCCAAACAGAACCUGGAGAGGGGCACAGCUGUGUGAGCCCAAACAGAACCUGGAGAGGGGAUGGGUGAGCUCACCCAGCCCAGCCCAGCCCAAACAGAACCUGGGGAGGGGCAGGGCUGUGUGAGCUCAAACAGAACCUGGAGAGAGGCACAGCUGUGUGAGCCCCAACAGAACCUGGGGAGGGGAUGGGUGAGCUCACCCAGCCCAGCCCAAACAGAACCUGGAGAGGGGCAGGGCCCUGUGACCCCACCCCGCCCAGCCCAGCUCUCCCCUGUUGCCGUUUUCAGCCCAUUUUAAGUUGUAUCCGAGUGCAGCUGUUGCUCUCCGGCUGUGCUGGAGGGGAUUGGUGUAGUCCAGCUGUGAGUUUUCGUUCAGUUGUAGCCAGGUUCUGCUGCUCGUGCUCUAAAUAAACUCUUUGGUGUAA